UUGAUAGACCGGGGUCGAGACAAAAAUAGGAGUGGAGUGAUGAACAUGUGAAGAACCCCGUCAAGGUUGCAGCAUCACCAAACGCACAUCUGAUAAAAGCCUAGGUUUGGCACCAGAUGAAUGAACAAGGCAUUUCAAGGUUUCAAGCUGAUGUGAUGUCAUCAAGUGCAUUGCCCUGUUAAGAAGCAAACAAAUACAGCUCAGUUCUCUUGAAAUAGAAAUGGAAAGAAUGUAAGAUUAGGUUUUGAUUCUGCACUCCAUCCAAACUGUAAACUUUAAAGCCUAGGUACAGGCACGUGAGAGAACAAUACCUUUGAUGGAUCCAGGAUUAUCGUGGAGCUUUUGAGAGGGAAGCUCAGACUUAUACAACAUGAAUGUGCAAGGAAAGAUACAACCCGGUGAAGUAAACCAACAAGAGGAAAUACAGAACGACGACAAGCAGCUUUUGCUAGAAACAGUGGAAGACGCCAAUGCCAAUCAAAUCACCAAAGAGAACAUUUAUUCAGAUGACAGAGAGCAUGGCAGCCCACUACCCCCUUUGGUGUCGCACUCUGAAACCCAGGAGAGGAUCAUUAUCUGGGGAACACAUGCUCGAAGUGAAGACCCUGAGCUUGAAGAGUUUGAACUGCUGGAGUGUCAAGAGCUAGAAACAUUUGUAGUGGAAGAAGAAGAACAGGUGGCCAUGCAGAGUGAAAGAAGCAGAAAGGGAGCAAAGCACUUCAGUGACAAAGAGUUGUCAUCUACAGCCAUCAGCACCACUGUUGGCUCCACUUGGAAAGACCACAAUGAAAACCAUAGUCUGGAUGGAGAUGCAAAUGAGAACUCUCAGCCCCUUGACCUCAGGACCUCCAGCUCUCGCUCUGGUGCGAACCGGACCCUGAGAGAUGCACGAAGUGGUUCUGAGAGCAAUGUCUUUUCAUCUUCUCUUUUUGCAGUGACCAGCCUCAGUGGAAGUUUAGCCAGUGCCCUGGACAGUGCAGGCCGCACACAGCCUCUCUCUUCCCAGUCCACCAAGUCUACCUCAGACAAAGGCAGGAACCAGCAUCCAGCUACGACCGAGUCCUACAUCCACUCAGAGAGAAACAGGGAGCUUCCCAGGGAUUUGGACCAAAACCAUAACUCUACCACACUGCCUCAGGAACCACAAUAUGACCGAAGUAAGCUAAUGCAUCCUUCAUAUGGAGCAGUAAAACUGCAAAAAUUUCAAAUGGAAACAGAACAGAAUGCUGGGAAAAGGACGUCAACCGAGGUGCCGAAAGGUAUGGUGAGGGUGCUACCUUCUUGUAGGCAGCUAGUCCGCCCUCUUUCUACUGAAAAACGAAUAACCUCAGGAUACCCCAGCAUAGACACCCAGGUAGACCAGCAACAAUCCCACUCCUCAGAGACGGGUCAGAGCCAUCCACAAGUGCUGCCGACUACAGAGGUCAACAGCAAUCCCAUCGUAGACUCACAGACUCCUUCAAAUCAGACUUUUACACGAGAAGCCCAACGCUUGAAGAGGCAAAGCUCAGCAGAUCGUGCUGCAAGUCCCUCCAGCCUAGAAAGGAAGACUCACUUCAGCCGACGGGCCUACAGCAGUCCAACUAGACCUUCAACACCUCCAUCCCCCAAGAUCACAAGGUCUCCUCAAAGACAGCCUCCUUCCUCACCUAUCAAGACUUUACCUUCUCGAGGUCCUCAGUUGGGUUUUGCUGGGUACAGCUCUGGCUUAAGAGCCCCAGUUAAAACCACAAUCAACACUAACAUCCAUAAAACUCCUCCACAGCAGGCGUCAAUGGAGACCUCCCCUCCAAGCAAGUGCCUGCCAAAACCGAAAAGCGUCCGGCCCAAAAUCAUUACGUACAUUCGGAAGACGCCCCAGGUAAAACCCCAGUCUCUUGAAGGAACUUAUGAGGUGUCAUCCUUACCUACAAGACUCUCAGCAUAUGGCAACACACAAGCCAAACCAUCCAUUGGAGAUCAAGGGGAAGCCGCUGUGCUGAGUGCCUCGAAUUUACUCUAUGAUAAGUAUCGUCAAGAGAUGCAGAAAGUCCGGUUAUUCUCGCCUGGACUCAUGGUGUCUGGGAUUAAGCCACCCAGCAACACCAUGCCCCAUAAAAUGGCAGGCAGAGCAGAUAGCUUCUAUGGGCCUUUCAACAAGCCUCUAUCUGCAGCGGCAGGCAGAUCUCCAUUAGCUCUUGGGUCUCCAAUUUGUGGAUCCGAAGACCCUUCUGGACCCUCUAUGGGAGCACAGGAUAUGGGGAGUCUUUAUCGUCCAUCACGGGGCCUAAGACCCCAGCUAGGUGUUGGUGCUGUAAAUAGGACUCCCUCUGCAGCUGCCAAGAGCAGAAUGGUCUUAACAAGCCAGCCAAAGUCACCACUGGCCCUCAGUCAACCAAUGCAGGCAGUAAACCCUACUACUCAAACCCCUCAGGAACCUCAAGAUCAGAGAAAGCCAGUGGCGACUGGGUUAGCCGCUAAAUCCCUUCUGCCGAAGCCGGCUCAGUCUCAGUCUGGCCUGCGUCCACCCGGUUACUCGCGUCUCCCACCAGCUCGUCUCGCCGCCUUUGGGUUUGUUCGGAGCUCUAGCGUCUCCUCUGUGUCCAGUAACCACUCGACCGACAGCACACGGAGUGACCCCUGCCGACCCGCAUACCGUCCCAACAGUGUAAAUGAUGAGCCACCACCGCUUCACCGCGUCACCACGUCCCCUCCUGGAGACGGAUCCAGAGCACCGUGCCGUAGCACCCCUCAACCCCCCAACACCCCUGCACCCACACGCCGCUCCCUGCUGCCCCCUCCUCGAAGCUCCCCCGUGGCAUCCCGUAAGGAAUUCCAGAAGAGUUCUGACGGCACCCGUUCAUCUCUCUCCUCCCCUAAGAGACUCGCUGUAGUGUCUCCUAAACCACAGUCUCCAGUCCUUCAGAGGCAACAGAGGGCAACAGUGGCGGUCCGAGGCUCAAGCGUGCAGAUUUUGCCUCGCACCGGCUCUCCGGGCCCAGAGAAGAAAAAAGAAGAAGAGGAGAAGAAAGAAAAGGAGCGAGAGGAAGUAGAGAGGCAUGAAGAGAUGCAGCUCUUGCAGGGUCGCUGUGAAGAUCAGGCCAGGCAACUACAGACUCUUCAGACAGAGCUAAAGAAAACCAACAUGAGUCUGGAGGUCUUUGUGAUCUGCACUCAGCACUUCUCCCUCAAGAGUGAAAGUGCUGAGGAGAAGGAGAGAGAGUUGUCCCAGGAACUCAGCCGGAUUCAGCAUGAAGUGGCCUUUAACGCAGCACGCUGGGAGCGUCUUCAGAAGGAGAAGAGAGAGCUGGAGGAGUGUUUUGAGAGGGAGCUGAGAGAGUUACAGGUCCAGCAGGAGUCUGAGCUCGCUACCGUAGAGGAGAACCUGAGAUUACGGCACGCUUCAGACCGAGACCAUCUCAGAGCAGAGCACCAGUCAGAGGUGGAGGAGCUGCAUACCCAGCACCAGGAACAGAUUGAAGAGUUAACUGCCAACCACGAGGCUGCCCUUGAAGACCUGAAGACCAUGCACAACAUCACUAUGUCAACACUGCAGGAAGAGCAUGCCAGGACCAUGAGGGACUUAAGGAAAGCCCAUGAGCAGCAAAAGGCCAGUCUAGAAGAGGACUUUGAGAAACUGCGCCUCUCGCUUCAGGACCAAGUGGACACUCUGACUUUUCAGAACCGGACUCUGAAAGAUAAAGCCAAGCGUUUUGAAGAAGCUCUGAGGAAGAGCACUGACGAACAGAUUGUAGAUGCGCUGGCACCAUAUCAGCACAUCGAGGAGGAUUUGAAGAGUCUGAAGGAGGUUUUGGAGAUGAAGAAUCAGCAAAUUCACGACCAGGAGAAGAAGAUAUGUCAUUUGGAGAAAGUGCAGGCUCAAAAGAACCUGUAUUUGGAGGAGCGGGUCCAGGUGCUUCAGCAGCAGAAUGAAGACCUGAUGGCCCGCAUUGACCGUCAUCUCACAGUCUCAAGACAACUGUCUGAGGAGAACGCAAACCUUCAGGAGUAUGUGGAGAAGGAGACGAAUGAGAAGAAACGGCUGAGCCGCAACAAUGAAGAGCUGCUCUGGCUUCUCCAGACGAGUCCCCAUCUGUCUCCUUCCUCUUCUCCCAUCCACAGAGCCUUCUUCCCCGGGCCGGAUAUCCCUCCUUACCCCUACUCUCCGGGUCCCGGGACCCCCACACACUCCUGUUCUCCGGGCCCCUGUACACCCACUCACAAGGUGGCGUCUUCAGCACCAGGGACGCCCACUCUCAGAGGCUCACCAGCAGCACGCUCGUCCCCUGCUCGGAUCCCAAACGCCAACACUUUACCCAGAUGAGCCCCGGCCACUUCCAUCGCCCAUUUCCUGCAGACCAUCACAGGUUUUAUUUAUUAAGAUAAUGUCAACCCCAGCGGCCAGACAUCCUUUGUCACUUCUGUUUAUUGACUCAAAAAUGUUUCUUUUUUUUUUGUCUCAGAGAAUCGUAUUGCGUAAAUGCAUAGCAUCGGAAUAAAAGAGCUAACGAUGCUAAUGCUAAUGCUCAUGAUGUGCUGCCAACAAUGCUUGGCCUGCAUGGAGGCAGGACCAUUUUUGUGAAUACAGAAGUAGCUCAACUUUGACUCUAAACAUGCUGUUGGGCCCCAACACAAAUGUCUGUAGUUUCUUCUGAAUGACAUACGAGAACUUUAUACAACAAAAAGCACUUUAGGUUUCUGCCCUACCUUCUUCCUACAGAUAAAUGCACCAGCAUUUUUGUGGUCUGGUUUAUUUUUUUAUGCGCUAUGUUUUCUGAUUUUACAAAUCUCCCAAGUUCUAAAUUUAGAAUGUUUCAAAUUAGUCAAGACAUAUAUACUGCAAAAUAUCAUUUUCUUAAUUUUUUUUUCUUACAGUAAAAUUACCAUCGUAUUCUUACAAAUUACAUUGAGCAUCAUUUUUAUUUUAUUUUAUUUUUUUAUCCUAUCCCCAUGGGAUUUUUGUAAAGUAUAACUUUAAAUAUACAUACGCUACCAUUCACAACCUGACAAAAAAAUUUUUAUAAGAUGCCAAAAAGUUUUGUGACAUAUUUGGUGCUAAAAGAGUGGAGCUAAAAGUGUUUUUUUCCCAGAACAGAUGUACAUACAUAUUGAAAUUGGUUUUGUAAGUGUUUCGCUCCGGUUCUAAACUGAGAUGUCCAUUGAGUGUCUAACGCUCAGUGACUUUUUAAAAUAACGUAACAUCCGGCGAAUCUAAAAACGCAAUCGCAAGCAUGCUUAUUAGCUUUAAAAUACACAAUAAAAAUAGUAAUAAUGUGAAAUAUUAUUACCAUUUUAAAAAUAGCUGUUUCUAUUUGAAUACAUUUUUAAAAAACAAGCAAAAAUGCUUAUUAAGAAAAUGAUUUUUCGCAGUAUAAUGGCCUUUUCACAUUGUCUUAACAAACUGCCAUGCCUUCCACCGGUGCAGUAUGUUUUCCAGGACCCUCCAAAAGCCUAAUCCAGCUACUUUACAAAACCAGCUUUUUUUAAAGCAAGCGUUUCUUCAUACACAAAUCAGUUUGCUGAAAUGACACCUUCGCUGGCACAGAUUCGUUGUGGCGGCUUGGUUAACAAGACGAAAAAAAAAACAAAAAACUCUUCAGCGUCAAGUCUGUUCUUCCUAACUUAUCUGACAAAAGCAAGUGCUCUCACUUCAUGCAUGACCUAAAACAGGGAGAUCAAGCAAAUGUAUAGGUACCGACUACAGGAAAUGUUGUAAAUUGUAGUUGUAAUUUUUCUUAGUACUUUGUAAUUUAAUGGACAUUUUGCUACUUGAUGUGCAUGUGACGUAAGUCUUCCAUUCUUAAUGUGAAUCUUAGGAUAGUUGUCAUGUUAGAGUAGAUACUCAGACUCCUGAGGAUGGUAGCGUCCACCUCUGAAGAGAUUUUGAAACAUUUGAGAACGAUAUUUUACCCAUAGCUACUAGGACAGGAGUUUGUUCUUCACGUCACACCUGUCAGAGGUGUGCUGCAGGUACGUCAUAGAUGUGUAAAGGUUUUAUAGAGGUACAAUACGGCAGUUAAACUUAGGUUCGGAUUUAUCUUUGUUGUAAUGCUGGUUACCUCUUGUAUUACCUCUGUAGAGCGUAGCAUAACCUAUAGAGAGAGGUUUCUCUGUAUGAGUGAGCUAGAAAAGAAUGUAACUGUGUCUUUAAAUGUUGUACGAUAAAGUUCAGGGAAAUUACUUAGCUCUGUUUUAAAGGCAGUUCUCAGUUUUUCAGCAAAACGUGAUAUUUUUUGUUUUUGUUUUUUUUAAAUGAACAAUAAGAAGACAUUCCUCUUGCAAAGCGCGUUUUGAUAUUUCAAAACGAAGAGGCCAUUUCUUUGAAUUUUUGAAAAAUUGGAAUUUAUUUUAUUUAAUUUUUUUUUUCUUUUUUUUUUGGUUCGUGUAUUUCUACGAUUGAUACAUCUUUCAAUGGUCAACCUUUGACACUUUUGAUACGAAUGAGAAUUUUUGUAAACUCUUCACUGAUAAUAUUUUUCUAUUAUCAGUUGGUGCUUGUACAGGGUAUCAUACACAGAAAUACAAUAAUCCGCUAUUCAAGACCAGCAAUCUACAAAAAAUCCACACACACACAGCAAACGUGUAUUUGCAGGUGUUUUUCUUCAUUUGAGACCCUCUUGUUUACAGUUUUUUUUUAAUUACUGUGAAAUGUAUUUUUAUCCUAUUUUUAAUGCAUUUUCAAUUAUGUAGCUUUGCAUUUUGAAUUCAUUUCAUUUGCUUCUGUCACUGUGAUAGAAACGAUGUGUCGUUUGUUCAGUUUUUGCUACUCUGGCACAGAUUCCAAGGAGUUUUCUGGAUGUUUCUUAUCAAGCACAAUACUGCGAUAGUAACACGUCUAAAAUUCUGAAUGAUUUUGAUUCACAACAAGUAGUAGAUCAUUUUUUUCAGGAAUGUGCCUUCAUUUAUUGUGCAAAGUAGCAAAAAUGAAAAGGUUAUUACACUAUAGCCACUUAACAAACAGGUUAUUCUGGUUUAAUACCAGAAAAUAAAUUAAUUUUAAAAUAUCGGUUUGCUUAUUUUAUUUAUUAAUAAUAAUUAUUAUUUACUUAAUUAUUUUAAAACUUUUUUAAUUAAUUUUCGAUUUUGAUUUUUGCUUUACUUUUUUUUUCAUAUUGUGUAUUUAUGCUCUAAAUUAAUGUCUCGACAAAAAAAACCUCAGCAACCUCAAUCUGCACCUGCUAUGGUUUAUUACAAAGUACAAAAUUGUUACUAAUCUACAUUUACUAAAAGGAGUAGAUAUGUAUUUAAAUGUAUACUUAAAUCCUGUUUUGCUUUCUCUAUGGCCCUUCGCUAUGGCAUUGGUCCAUAGAUUAUAAUGAAUGAUAUGAAACGACAGAAUCCCGUUCUUUGUCCCGUGGACAUCUAAACUACUGAAUGUUACCUUACCCCUGAUAAUACUGACACGGUCAAUGUAAACUGAAGUGGUGGAGUCACUUAUUGGACUGAAUGAAAUUUGUCCAUCUGUCUAUUUACUAACAUUUGACUUCUAUUAUGUCUUUUCUGACUGGAUUUACAGUCGUUUGUAAGCUAUUUAUUGUGUUGUAGUGCACAGUAAUCGAUGCAUGUUUGUCUUGGAUGGAUCAUUCCUUCAACUUGUACGUUUUCGACUUGUGAUGGUUCACGCUGUAACUGUAGCAUAGAAAAUAUAAUAAGGAAUGGAAAGAAUUUAUAUAUAACUCAUUUGUAUUCACUAUAGGGGGGUGGGGAUGAAUAUUAAAAUGUUUAAAAAAAAAAA